AUGACUCUUGAUUACGAAAAAUACGCUACAAGCUCAAAUGACUCCCAUCUUAGAGAUAUACAUCCAGCUGGUUCUAAAAUAGAUAACAAGGAAAAACAACCACAAUAUGUCGAUACGGCAGAAUUUGAACAAGAAUAUUCCGUGCUGGCCGCUGAAGAAGAAGUAAGAAGAAACUUAAAACCAAGGCACAUAUCAAUGAUUGCCCUUGGUGGUACUAUCGGUACCGGUCUUUUUAUUUCCACUGGUGGUGUCAUUGCCAAUGCUGGUCCAGUAUCUUCAUUAUUAUCAUUCUUAUUCAUGACUACUUUAGCAUUCUCCAUUACUCAAUCAUUAGGUGAAAUGGCAACUUUAAUCCCAGUUUCUGGUUCUUUUGUCCAAUUUGUCACUAGAUGGUGUUCUCCUUCUUUAGGUGCUGCCAAUGGUUGGAACUAUUGGUUCUCAUGGGCUAUUACUUUUGCUUUGGAAUUAUCUAUUGUCGGUCAAGUUAUUCAAUAUUGGACUGAUGCUGUUCCAUUAGCUGCUUGGAUUUCUAUUUUCUUGGUUAUCUUAACUGUAUUCAAUUUAUUCCCAGUCAAGUAUUAUGGUGAAGUUGAAUUCUGGGUUGCUUCUAUCAAAGUUGUUGCCGUUGCUGGUUGGAUCUUAUAUGCCUUCAUCAUGGUUUGUGGUGCUGGUAAGACCGGUCCUGUUGGUUUCAGAUAUUGGAGAAACCCAGGUCCAUGGGGUCCAGGUAUCUUAGUUGAAGGUAAUAUCCAUACUGCUCAAUUCUUAGGUUGGCUUUCUUCUUUAAUCAGUGCUGCUUUUACUUUCCAAGGUACUGAAUUAGUCGGUAUUUCUGCCGGUGAAAGUCAUAAUCCAAGAAAAGCCGUUCCUGCUGCCAUUAGAAAAGUCUUAUACAGAAUCCUUAUCUUUUACGUUUUAUGUAUCCUUUUCCUUGGUUUAUUAGUUCCUUACGAUGAUCCUAAAUUAACUAAUGGUGGUUAUACUUCAACCUCCCCAUUCAUUGUUGCCAUGAUCAACUCAGGAACCAAGAUUUUACCAGAUAUCUUCAACGCUGUCAUUCUUGCCACCAUUAUCUCCGCCGGUAAUUCUAAUGUCUAUAGUGGAUCCCGUAUUCUUUAUGGUCUUGCCCAAUCCGGUGUUGCACCAAAAUUCUUCACCAAAUUGAACCGUGGUGGUGUUCCAUACAUUUCUGUUCUUUUCACCGCUGCUUUUGGUGCUUUGGGAUACUUGGCUUGUUCUGAAACAGGUAAUCAAGCUUUCAACUGGUUAUUAAACAUUACUGCCACCGCUGGUCUUAUUGCUUGGGGUUGGAUUGCUUAUACUCAUAUUAGAUUUAUGAAUAUUCUUAAAUCAAGAAAUAUUUCAAGAGAUUCAUUACCUUUCAAAGCAAUGUUCAUGCCUUUUAAUGCUUAUUAUGCUUGUAUUGCCAUCUUUAUCUUGGUAUUCAUUCAAGGGUUCUCUGUUUUCUGGGAUGUCACCGCCAGUGGAUUUUUCACUGCUUAUAUUUCAGUAAUCCUUUUUGUUGUCACUUGGGUCUUCUUCCAUUUCUUAUUUAAUGGAUUUGGAAAGAAAGCAUGGAGUUGGUCAAGCUUUUUGAUUCCUUUGGAUGAAUGUGAUAUUGAUACUGGUGUUAGAGAAAUUGAUGAAAUGGAAUUUGAAGAUAAUGAACCAAAGAAUCUUUGGCAGAAGUUCUGGGAAUUUAUGGCAUAG